CAAAACUUUAGACGGCAAUCCUUCGUCAAACUGCUUCUACGACCUUCCGUCCUUGUCACUCCCCUGCCAUUGAACGGUUCCGCCAUGCCCUGUGGCAGGGAGGGCUGCACCGUGGAGUGCAAACUGGAUGCCGGGGAUGCCGCCUUUGUGUUGGAUGGCAUGUGCCACGUGUGCGACCACUCCAUUUGCUUCCAUUGUGAGGAGUGCCGCACCUUGGGCGAACACGACGCCUCGCCAGACGGCCGCUGCGCACGGCCCUGCUGCCGUUUUGAGGUGACCGUGUUGGGAGUGGAUAACCUUUGCUGA